UGUUCCUCUGUGCUCUCAUACGCAUGCCUGGAUUUGCAGGUCUGUUGGUGGGAGGGAGAGUGCCUUGUGAUGCAUGGCUGAUGUCGCUGACUUUGUCGUCACAGCCUCUUUUUUACACACAUGCACAAACACACGAGCAUGAGCACAGACUGUCACAGAAAUAGCUUAUCCUCACAUUAUCUCCCAGCACAGCCAGCGUUCUUGACUGCAUUACAGUAACAGUGUCUCAAUUAUUUGGACUUCUAUUGCUGGAGCUCCUCAGAGACCCUUAAUAGGACCCUCUCCCCUUUACCCCCCUAUUUGUCCGGGCUCCUCAGAAUGGAGCACAGGGGAGGUUCUCGUCGGAAGGGAGAUGGUGUCCCAAAGGAAAACAGUCCUUUUAUCAACAACUCAGACCACGACAAGGGCAACAGCUAUGAUGGCACCAACAUGGCACUUUUUGAGGAGGAGAUGGACAGCCAUCCUAUGGUGUCAUCACUUCUCAAUAAGUUAGCCAACUAUACCAAUCUGUCCCAGGGAGCCCAUGAACAUGAAGAGGCUGAUGAAAAUGAAGGGCCAAAGAAGAAAACUGUUAAGAGCCCUCAGAUGGGGACCUUCAUGGGUGUCUACCUCCCUUGCCUUCAGAACAUACUGGGGGUCAUCCUGUUUUUGCGCCUUACCUGGAUUGUCGGCACUGCUGGCAUCCUGCAGUCAUUGGUAAUCGUUGGCAUGUGCUGCUCAUGUACCAUGCUGACAGCUAUAUCCAUGAGUGCAAUUGCAACUAAUGGUGUUGUACCAGCUGGAGGCUCGUACUACAUGAUCUCCAGAUCUCUGGGUCCAGAGUUUGGUGGAGCAGUAGGUCUCUGUUUCUAUCUUGGGACAACUUUUGCUGGCUCUAUGUACAUCCUGGGUACUAUUGAGAUUCUACUGACCUACAUUGUGCCUAAAGCAGCUAUCUUUGUGGCAGAGCACAAGGAGGAUGAGGUUGAUGCCCUGCUGAAUAACAUGCGUGUCUACGGCACAUGUUGCCUGGUACUCAUGGCAAUAGUUGUCUUUGUUGGAGUCAAAUACGUGAACAAGCUAGCACUUGUCUUCCUGGCUUGUGUAAUUCUCUCCAUCCUUGCCAUAUAUGCUGGAGUCAUCAAGACCAUCUUUGAGCCACCAGACUUUCCUGUUUGCUUGUUGGGGAAUCGCACUCUGCAGAACCAUGCCUUUGAUUUAUGUAUGAAGACUGAAGUUAAAGAUAAUCUGACUGUCACUACCAAGCUGUGGAGCCUGUUUUGUGAUGGUCCUGAUCUCAAUGCCACCUGCAAUGACUAUUUUGCAAGCAACAAUGUGACUGAGAUACAAGGCAUCCCUGGACUCAUCAGUGGAGCCAUUUCAGAAAACAUGUGGCCAGAGUAUGGUCCUCAUGGUAUGCUGGUUGAAAAAAAUAAUGUGACAUCUUUUGAGGGAAGUGACCCUGCCAAGGACAUUUACCUCCCAUAUGUUGUCAAUGACAUCACCACCUUCUUCACGUUGUUGGUUGGCAUCUACUUCCCAUCUGUCACAGGUAUCAUGGCUGGUUCAAACCGCUCGGGUGACUUGAGAGAUGCACAGAAGUCCAUACCCAUUGGGACCAUUCUAGCUAUUGCUACUACUUCAUUCAUCUACAUCUCCAGCGUGGUUCUGUUUGGUGCCUGUAUUGAAGGAGUUCUUCUUCGAGACAAAUUUGGUGACUCUGUGAAAGGCAACCUUGUUAUCGGCACACUGUCUUGGCCUUCACCUUGGGUCAUUGUGAUUGGUUCAUUCUUCUCAUGCUGUGGGGCUGGUCUGCAGAGCCUGACAGGCGCCCCCCGCCUACUUCAGGCUAUUGCACGAGAUGGCAUUGUCCCAUUCUUACAGGUCUUUGGACAUGGGAAAGCUAACGGAGAACCUACCUGGGCUUUACUGUUGACUGCUGGGAUCUGUGAGAUUGGAAUCCUAAUUGCCUCCCUGGAUUCUGUAGCACCCAUUCUUUCCAUGUUUUUCCUCAUGUGCUACAUGUUUGUUAAUCUGGCUUGUGCUGUUCAGACCCUCCUGAGAACUCCUAACUGGAGACCACGCUUCAAGUAUUACCACUGGGCCCUGUCGUUCCUGGGGAUGAGCUUGUGUAUUGCCAUCAUGUUCAUUUCCUCUUGGUAUUAUGCACUUGUUGCCAUGGUCAUAGCAGGCUGCAUCUACAAAUACAUUGAAUACAGAGGAGCUGAGAAGGAAUGGGGUGAUGGAAUCCGAGGCCUCUCACUUAACGCAGCUCGCUACGCCUUACUUCGCCUUGAGGAUGCUCCACCACACACCAAGAACUGGAGGCCUCAGUUAUUGGUGCUACUGAACCUGGACUCAGAUCAGAGAGUCAAACACCCUCGUCUGCUGUCCUUCACCACUCAGCUAAAAGCAGGGAAAGGCCUGACAAUUGUGGGUAAUGUUUUUGAAGGAACUUACCUCACUAAAGAAGAAGAGGCCAAGAAAGCUGAGCAGAACAUCAAGUCUGCCAUGGCAGCUGAGCGGACCAAGGGCUUCUGUCAUGUUGUGGUGUCUUCAGACCUCAGAGAUGGUGUCUCCCACCUCAUCCAGUCUGCAGGUUUGGGAGGGAUGAAGCACAAUUCAGUCCUGAUGAGCUGGCCUGGAACCUGGAGGCAGUCCAACGACCCAACCUCUUGGAGGAACUUCAUAGAGACCAUACGUGAGACUACAGCGGCCCAUCAGGCCUUACUCGUGGCCAAAAAUGUGGACAGUUUCCCUACCAACCAGGACUGCCUGGGAGAGGGCACUAUUGAUGUGUGGUGGGUGGUUCAUGAUGGAGGCAUGUUGAUGCUGCUGCCCUUCCUGCUGCGACAGCACAAGGUGUGGAGGAAGUGUAAGAUGCGUAUCUUCACUGUUGCCCAGAUGGAUGACAAUAGUAUUCAAAUGAAGAAGGAUCUACAGAUGUUCCUUUAUCACCUGCGACUGGACGCUGCAGUGGAAGUUGUGGAGAUGCAUGAUAAUGACAUAUCAGCCUUCACUUAUGAGAAAACACUGGUGAUGGAACAGCGAUCUCAAAUGCUGAAGCAGAUGCACCUUUCUAGGACUGAAAGAGAGCGAGAGAUUCAGAGUAUCACUGAUGAAUCACGUAGCUCAAUACGGAGGAAGAACCAGGGUGCUACAGAGACAGUCAACCUCAGCCAGCAGGCCUCAACGAUGGAGGAUACUCAGGAGGAUGAGGCCCAGCUCAUCCAUGACAAGAACACAGCGUCUUAUGCUGCAGCUAAUGACAAGCCUGAUGUUGGGCCUGAUCGGGUGCACAUGACUUGGACCAAGGACAAGCUCCUCACGGAGCGAAACCGGAGUCGAGAGCCCAACACCAACAUGGCCGUCCGGGACCUCUUCAGCAUGAAACCAGAGUGGGAGAGUCUGAACCAGUCAAAUGUCCGUCGCAUGCACACAGCGGUGAAGCUGAAUGAGGUGGUGGUCAACAAAUCCCAGGGAGCUCAUCUUGUUCUGCUCAACAUGCCUGGACCACCCAAAAACAGAGGAGGAGAUGAAAACUACAUGGAGUUCCUGGAAGUUCUCCUGGAGGGUCUCAACCGUGUUCUGCUGGUGCGAGGAGGUGGCCGAGAAGUCAUCACAAUCUACUCUUAGUGAAGUGAUGGGAGGGAGAGUUUUUAUGAAAACUUCCAACAGGCUUGUUGCCAUGGAUACUUGUGUUCAGAUAAUUGUUAUGGAAAGACCUCAAUUUGAUUUGAAUGACUGUUGACUGACUAAACACCGUGAUGAGGGAGGGGACUGGCAUUGAGUCCGUGAUUGGCUGAACACAAUGUGUCCAUGCUGAGCCUCAGAACCCCUUCAUGAUUUUGGGAUUGUUUAAAUCUGUUACUCAAUAUGAAAGCUGUUCAGCCCUUUUCUUUCCAACUUUAUGUUCUUUCCCUUGUGUUGAUGUUGCCAUGUUAGUGGUGCUUACAUAGUAAAGGCCAGUAUGGUCAGCAAUGAGGGGGUGAAUGCGUGUGAUUAGUUUGAAAUCUUGUAGUUAUUUUGGUAGUAUUCAGUUCUGGACUGUAGAAAAACCUGCACAGAGAAUACGGUUAGGAAGUUGUUGAAAAACCUACUUUUUCCUGUCUUUGCAGCUGAAAAGUGAAAAAGUCAGAGGGCAUUUAGUUGAGCUGUGGUGGUGUUUGGCAGCGCUCCAAUCAUACAUGUUGUAUAGAAUGUUUGGUUUCUAAGCUGCCUGGGGUUCAUCUUACAUACGUAGAGACGGACAGGUCCAGCUGGAUCUGCUUUAAUAGGACAAAUAGCCAUACCUAACAUUUUGCUCUAAACACACACACACACACACACAUGUUUCUGGUAUCUGCCAAAGUGUUUGGUUGGAAAAAAAUAAUUGAUUUUAAAUAUUGUUUUUAUUUAUUUUUUUUACUCCAGUGGCUGUUUGACAGCUUCACACAGAAAACUGGCCACCUAGAAGGGUUGCUUAUGAAAUUUCUUAUUACCCUUCCCCAUACUGUUCUUCUGAUGACAGCACUAUUCGUUUUGCACAAUUGGUCUUUCAGCACUUGCUUCCUUGUGCUCUUCAUUUGGUUUUUAAGCUGUCAGGAUUUGUUUGUCAGUGUCUGAUGUUUCCACCGUUUGGAUUAGUCGUGUUUUAUUGUUUUCAUUUUGCUUUUGUCAGCAAAAGCCUGUAUUUGAGUCUCAGACGGCUAAGAUGAACUGUUUUAGGAGGAAAAGUGCCUAAAGACACUGUGGACGUAUGACAGAAGCAUCUGAGAGCAUGGUAGGUCUAUUAAACUUUUUAAACGUCAUAUUUUAUUUCCCUUUUGAUGAUGACAUCAUUUGUACCACAGUUAUUUAAAAUAAAUUACCAAGACAGAAAAACAACUUAAUGUAGGGGUAUUUUAAUCCAUCUGAUGAGUGCUACAGAUAGUCAGCCAAACGAGAAUGUUUAGUGCUCCUGCUUAUGUCUUCAUCCACAGUUUCAUCCCCUACUUAGAUGUGCAGAAAAUAAAGUUGUGUUCUCCUGCUGCUGGGAGGGACAUGACAGCUGAACUACAGUGAUGGAAUUUGUGUGUGUGUGUGUGUGUGUGUGUGUGUGUGUGUGUGUGUGUGUGUGUGUGUGUGUGUGUGUCGUGUUCAACGUCUGCCUGUCACACUUUACAGCUCUUUUCUCUAGUGUUUCUUACAUUAACUGAUGUUCUGUUACGUUCAUGUGUUCAUUUUGAGAAGGAGUUUAAUGGAAGGAGGAAAUGAGAGGUGGAUUGUGUAAGGAUGGCAAUGUUUGUCAAAUGCAAUGUUUGUCAAAUGUUUUAUUUAUUUAUUUUGCCCGACCCUCAAGAAAGGCCACAUGGAGAGCUGCUCAUCACACAAAGGCACCUGGAACAAAGAUGUUCACUACAUGAAGUUCAGUGUUACUGUUUCAUUUAGUCACCAGGACUAAUACACACACUUACUACUAUCUCAUUUUGUUUUCAGGCAUUUGAAAGUUGUACUGGUGAUUUAAUAAAGAAGGAUUUGUUGUCUUUGA